AUGUUAUCUUCACCAUUAGGGUUUAAUGUCCAAAGAAAUGUAAAGAUAAAAUUAAUUUACCAGGUUAUUGGUAUCUUGGUUGGAGUAUGCUUCAAUGUAUUUUAUAUCACAGUGCGAGAUGUAGAGACUGCAGUUUGUUGUUCGUUUUCAAUUUUGUUUGGGUCUGUUGGACUAUAUGUCGACAUACAGUUACUCAGAGGACACUGGAGAGUAUGGCCAUGUAUCCUUCGCCGGUACAUGUGGCUGGGUAUAGUUGGGUCAAUUCUCUCUUUGGCGGUGCUUCUGGGGAAUUUAUGCAAUGAAAUGAAAAACCGUCAAAUUUCAUCUUUCCGGUCGGAUUUGUGGUCGUUGUCGUCCUUACACUGGUCUGUUAUCCUAGCAUGGACAUCUAGGAAGUACCAUGUUCUGCUAACAGAUGUUUAUACACUAUCAAAAGGUCAUAGUUAG